AUGGCCAAGAUCAAGAAGAAGGGUGAGUCCGGAGCGGCCAAGAACUAUAUCACGCGUAAUCAGGCGCUGAAGAAGCUCCAGAUUACGCUGGCCGAGUUCCGCCGGCUUUGCAUUCUGAAGGGAAUCUUCCCCCGCCAGCCCCGUCAUAUCAAGCGUGCCAACAAGGGCUCGACGGCGCCGACGACCUUUUACUAUGCUAAGGACAUUGCGUACCUGCUUCACGAGCCGGUGCUGCAGGCCUUCCGUGACCACAAGUCCUUUGCCAAGAAGGUGAACCGCGCGAUCGCGCGCCGCGAGUGGUAUGCGGCCAAGAAUCUGGACGACAACCGCCCCAAGUACCGCUUGGAUCAUAUCAUCAAGGAACGCUACCCUACGUUUGUCGACUCGCUGCGUGACCUCGACGAUGCGCUCUCGAUGCUUUUCCUCUUUGCCAAUAUCCCCUCCUCGCGCAACAUUGCGCCAGAGAUCACGAGCCACUGUGCGCGCCUCUGCACGGAAUGGCAGCUGUACGUGAUGCGCACGCGCUGUCUGCGCAAGGUCUUUUUGAGCAUCAAGGGUAUCUACUUCCAGGCGGUCGUGCAUGGCCAGGAAGUGACGUGGCUUGUGCCUUAUAUGUUUACGCAGCAGAUCCCGACCGACGUCGACUUCCGUGUGAUGAUGACCUUCCUUGAGCUCUACCAGACGCUGAUGGGCUUUGUGCUGUUCAAGCUGUACACGGACGAGAACCUGGUCUAUCCCCCGAAGCUCGACGAGAACAAGGACAAUGAGGGCGCCGGUUUCGGCUCGCUCAUGCUUACGUCGGCGGACGCCGAUGUCUUCCUCGGUGAGGAGGGCGAGCGCCCGGUCAACGAGCAGGCCGAGGCUGCGGCGAGCAAUGCGCUAAUCCGCAAGGAUGGCAAGAAGCUGUCGGCCCGCGACGUGAAGCGCCAGAUUGCGCAGCUUUCGCGCACGGAUACCGACGAGGCCGAGGUCGAGGAGGCGGUGCCCGCGAUCGAUGCCGAGGCCGCGCCGGAUGCGGAGCAAGAAGAGGCAUUUGUUGCCCAGCCCUCCAAGAAUGCCGAGAACAACGGCGAUCAACUCACAACGCUCGGCGACCUCCAGGAGCACGCCGGCGACGAUGCUGCGCCUACGCUCUUUAGCCGCUACGUCUUUUACAUUUCGCGCGAAUGCCCCCGCACGGUGAUCGAGUUUAUCCUGCGCUCGUUUGGCGCGCUCCCCUCCAACAUUGGAUGGGACGCCGUGGCCGGUGCCGGGAGCCAAGUCGCUGAAGAUGACGAGCGGAUUACGCACCAUAUCAUUGACCGUCCUGCGGAGGACUCCAAGGCGUUCCAGCAUCCCGGCCGCCGCAUCUAUGUCCAACCGCAGUGGGUGGUCGACUGCUCGAACCGCCGCACGCUCCUCCCGACGGAGCCCUACCGCCCCGGCCAGGCGCUUCCGCCGCAUCUUAGUCCCUUUGUGGACGACCGCGAGGUGGCGCGCCGUGGUGGCUACGUCCCUACCGAGGCACAGGAGGCGCUUGGUAUGGAGGCUGAGGCUGUGGAUGAGGAUGAGGAUGAGGACGAGGACGAGGACGAGGAGGAGCAAGAGGCUGCUGCUGCCCAGGGCCGUCCUGCGCUCGAGGCGCUGCUGGCCCACCCGCUCGACGCGUCGAACUCUGGUCUUCUCGAGGCUGCUGAGCUCGAGGCCGAGGCUGCGGGCGGUGAAGAUGCGCUUGUUGAGCUGCGCACGCAAUACACGGCCGCUCGCAAGGCUGCGCUGAAGAAGCAGAAAGCGGCUUCUGCCUCUGCGCCCCUCUCCGAGGAGGCCGAGGCGCGCGACAUGGCAAAGACGCUGCUGUCGAACAAGCAGCGCAAGCUGUACAACCGCAUCGGCAGCUCUGCUUCCAAGGUGAGCGAGGACAAGAAGCGCCUCGAGACAAAGAAGAAGCUCCUGGCGAAGAAGAAGAAGGCGUCCCAGUAG